UAUGAGAAUCAGUAAAGAACAUCUGAAAUCGCGGCGCGUCAUGGCGCGUCGGUGCGUUAGUUAGUUAAAGAGAGAGAGAGACGCGGUUGAGGAUCAGAGACCCUCAGUGAUGCUCAUAUGCAUCUGAAUUUAUAGUGAAUUGUUGUGGGAAUUAAUUAAUGCUCGUUCCUGAUCCACAUGCGCUCUCUUGAAUAACACAUUGGCUGGCAAUAAACUUGCACAAUCCGGUUGUUAUCAGCCUUUAUCCAUAAGAACAAAGCGGAGCUGGUGGAUCACAGGUUUGAGUGGCAGAAAUGAGGGAGAGGUUCGCGUUUCAUCUUCUCAUCUUCUUGUUGACGCUGUUUUGGCACACCAGGUCAGUGUCUGCAGAUGCCACAGCAGAUGCCUUCAAAAAUAACAUCACCCUAUUCACACGUAUCCUGGACCGGCUGCUGGAUGGCUACGACAACAGGCUGAGACCCGGACUGGGAGAUCGAGUUACCACAGUGAAGACCGACAUUUACGUCACCAGUUUUGGCCCUGUUUCAGACACUGACAUGUGUCGCAGUAUGAGCGUCUCAGCCCUGAUCUCCUGUGUCUAUGAGUCUGGACCCAGAUGCUACACCUUCUGCUCUUCAGACUGA